AACACCAUGCGAAUAGAGUUUCCAAACACAUCGCCCCAACACAGACCCUAAGUAAAUCCUUACUUGUGACGGCGUCCGAGCCCGACUCCUUAGGCGAGCUCCGCAACAGAUGCGUCUCCACAACGAAAUUACGCGGAGAGUUAUUUCUCACCGCCGGCGUUUCCUGCCCGCCGGCGACCGCCUCACUCCCAUUCCUUCUUCCCUCCCUUCGGUAGAGAGGCCGACGUCAGAAAAAGUAGUAUAUAGUGACAUUGCGUACAAGAUACGGCACCUGGAAGUCCCAUUCCCUUCUGGAAGUCAUCACUGACAGCUACGACUGGUUAAAACCCAUUUUUAUCCCCACCGUCUUCGAUCUUUUCUACCAGUCAAUGUUACGGAAAGUUACCGAUAAGAACCCCUCACUUUAUCGUGGAAUCGCUUACCAACCAAGUCUGUUGUCUUUCCCCCGAUGCUUUGACUAACGCGCAAGAACUCGACUGAAAACCUAGUUUUCUGAUACUCAUAUUGCGUUUCUGUACAAAUCUAUUACGUGGAUUGUAAUCGCGAUUGGUGGAUAGGGGAGUCUUUCAUUAGAGAUUUCGGAUAUUUCUUCCUUCUGGUGGAGAUUUAACGGAAAUCGAAGUGAGGGUUUAUGAUUAGGAAAAAUCUGGAGCUCCGGGGAUUGAGGGGUUAGCGUUUCGGAGAGAGAUGAGGGUCGGAUGGAAGCUCAAGGCGGUUUGCGCCUUCUUUUUUCUUCAGCUUUAUUGUCGUGGAUGCUUCUCCCUCGACUUCGGAGGAUUAGUGUUGUGGGCGUUUCGAUCAAGAGCGGAGAUUAAUCUCAAUGGUACUUUGCAGAACUGGGAGGCUAGAGAUGAUAAUCUAUGCAAUUGGAAAGUUGUCCAUUGUGUUUCCGGUAGAAUUUAUGUUUUGUUAAAACUGCAAGGGAAAUCUUCUCAUGAACAAGAAUGCAAGGAUGAUAAUUUGCAGGCUGACGUUGUUAAUGUUCGGCGCCGUCUCCUUCAAAAAAGUAGAAGUCUCUCAGCUGCACAUUUGACCAAUGGCCCUCCGCACACUGUUUCCAUUGCAAGUCGUGCAAGCGGUUCUUUUCCUGCGGCUCGAAGCUCAAGCGGUAAUGGAAAUAGAACAGUGCCUUCAAGGCAGAAUAAUCCUUCAUCAAUGCCUGCUCAAAGUGGCACCUUUGGUAAUUUGAAUGAUAAAUCUGCAAGCAAAAGCUGGGAAAAGUGGAUGUAUAAAGUGGUAGUCCCAACAGCUGCUUUCAUUCUUGUUGUCGGGAUGAUAUUAUUCGUAGUAUCCAGACGACAUUUCGCCGUGAUAACUCCUUGGAGAACCGGGCUCAGUGGUCAACUUCAGAAGGCGUUUAUAACAGGUGUUCCAAAAUUAAAUAAAGCAGAAUUGGAUGCUGCUUGCGAGUAUUUUAGCAAUAUCGUCAUCACCUAUCCCGGCUACACGGUGUUUAAAGGGACAUUGUCUAAUGGCGUUGAAAUAGCAGUUGUGUCGACAAAGGCUUCUUCUUUGAAGGAUUGGUCCGAUUGGUCUGAAAUGCAAUUCAGAAAUAAGAUAAAUACGAUCUCGCGGAUAAACCACAAAAACUUCAUCAAUCUUUUGGGUUACUGCAAAGAGGAAGAUCCUUUCAUGAGGAUGAUGGUGUUCGAGUAUGCACCAAAUGGGACACUUUUCGAGCAUCUUCAUGUGCCAGACUUUGAGCAUCUUCAAUGGAGUGUUAGAAUGAGGAUUAUUAUGGGAAUUGCAUAUUGCCUCCAAUAUAUGCAUAAUCUGAACCCCCCAGUAAUACACCCUAUUCUACACUCCAGCUCUAUUUUCAUAACUGAAGACUAUGCAGCAAAGAUAGCAGAUAUAGGCAUCUUCAGUGAGCCAAUUGGAAGAGGAAAAUUUUACAAAGGAGAUGGAAGAGACAACACUGAUCAUUUUACUACUUGCGAGAGUAAUGUUUACAGCUUUGGGAUUCUACUGCUAGAGAUUAUUUCUGGAAGAAUGCCAAUCUCUGAGGAAGAUGGUCUACCUAUUUUAAAUUGGGUCGCCGACAGCCUAAAAGCUAACAAUAGUGUCAAGUCUCUAGUGGACCCUGCUCUGAAAUCCAUAGAAGAAAAUGAACUUGAUGUCAUAUAUGAGGCAAUCACAGCAUGCAUCCUUGAUGAUCCUAAGAGCAGGCCGACCAUGAAAGACGUCACCGCUUUGCUUCGGAAUGUUAUCGUGAUUUCACCGCAGGAGGCUGCGCCGCGCCUCUCUCCUCUCUGGUGGGCAGAACUUGAGAUUCUUUCAGUUUAGGCAAGCUGAAAUUCUGUUUCUGCAAAAGGUUGGGUAAAUAUUUCAAAGGGAAAUUUACGUUCAUACCACUAACUGCCAAAGCUUCAUAUUUAUAUUUAUAACAUUUUGGUGCGAUAAAUCUAAGCAUGAAAAUGUUUGUUUAACUUUUUAAAAGUAGUUGUUAGUGGGUUUUGUUAUGUGAGAUUAAAGAUUUGAGUGUUAUGCAUGUAAAUAUUAAAGUUUGUAUGUUAGAUAUGUAAAUACAUAAGAAUUAUGUGGGAUGUAUGUAAAUGCCUGUAUUUCAUUUGUAUUAGGAAGUCAAGAUAUCUGGAAUAUUAAUCUAUUAGCCUGAUACUGUUUCUUCAUGGGGCAUUUACAUAUUCGUAUGUAUUUACGUUUCUAACCCCUAA